CGUCAUCAUCAUAGAUGAGGCUCACGAGCGCACCCUGCACACCGACAUUCUGUUUGGCUUGAUUAAGGACAUUGCUCGCUUCCGGCCUGAGCUGAAGGUGCUGAUUGCCAGUGCCACCCUGGACACCGAGCGCUUUUCCACCUUCUUUGACGAUGCUCCCAUCUUCCGCAUCCCGGGGCGCCGUUUUCCUGUGGACAUUUAUUACACUAAGGCCCCAGAGGCUGAUUAUCUGGAAGCCUGUGUGGUGUCGGUGCUGCAGAUUCAUGUCACCCAGCCCCGAGGGGACAUCCUUGUGUUUCUGACUGGCCAGGAAGAAAUUGAAGCCUGCUGUGAGAUGUUACAGGAUCGUUGCCGGCGCUUGGGCUCCAAAAUUGCAGAACUUGUGGUCCUCCCAAUUUAUGCUAAUCUGCCCUCCGACAUGCAAGCCAAGAUCUUUGAGCCGACCCCACCAGGGGCCCGAAAGGUUGUCGUGGCCACAAACAUAGCAGAGACAUCACUGACCAUAGAUGGCAUAAUUUAUGUGAUUGACCCUGGGUUUUGCAAACAGAAGAGUUACAACGCUCGCACGGGCAUGGAGUCACUUAUUGUUACCCCCUGUUCUCGGGUAUCUGCUUUCA